GGAGUCAGCCCGCGCUCCGCCCGCCGCGCUCCGGGCUCGGAGGUCCGGACUCCGGGCUCGCCGCCUCCCGGGCCGGCUCCGCGCCCCGCACUCCCGCGCCCCGCGCACCCGCGGGCGGAGCGCAUCAUGCCGCAGCUGGACUCGAGCGGGGGCGGCGCGGGCGGCGGCGACGACCUCGGCGCGCCCGACGAGCUGCUGGCCUUCCAGGACGAGGGCGAGGAGCAGGACGACAAGAGCCGCGACAGCGCCGCGGGCCCCGAGCGCGACCUGGCCGAGCUCAAGUCGUCGCUCGUCAAUGAGUCCGAGGUCGCGGCGGGCGGCGCGGGGGUCCCGGGGGCCGGCGCCGGGGCCGGCGGCGAGGCCGAGGUCGGGGCCGAGGCUCUCGGGCGGCAACACACUUCGCAGAGACUUUUCCCCGACAAACUUGCAGAGUCUCUGGAGGACGGCCUGAAGGCCCCGGAGUGCGCCAGCGGCAUGUACAAAGACACCGUCUACUCCGCCUUCAAUCUGCUCAUGCACUACCCACCCCCCUCCGGAGCAGGGCAGCACCCCCAGCCGCAGCCCCCGCUGCACAACAAGACCAGUCAGCCCGCCCACGGUGUCCCCCAACUCUCUCCUCUCUAUGAACAUUUCAGCAGCCCACACCCCACACCUGCACCAGCCGACAUCAGCCAGAAGCAAGGAGUUCACAGACCUCUACAGACUCCUGACCUCUCUGGCUUCUACUCCCUGACCUCAGGCAGCAUGGGACAGCUCCCCCACACUGUGAGCUGGCCCAGCCCUCCUCUCUACCCCCUGUCCCCUUCCUGCGGAUAUAGACAGCACUUCCCUGCCCCCACUGCAGCCCCUGGCACCCCCUACCCCAGGUUCACCCACCCAUCCCUGAUGCUAGGCUCCGGCGUACCUGGUCACCCCGCAGCCAUUCCCCACCCAGCCAUUGUGCCCCCCUCAGGGAAGCAGGAGCUGCAGCCCUAUGACCGAACCCUGAAGACACAGGCCGAAUCCAAGGCAGAGAAGGAGGCUAAGAAGCCAACCAUCAAGAAGCCACUCAAUGCCUUCAUGCUGUACAUGAAGGAGAUGAGAGCCAAGGUCAUUGCAGAGUGCACACUCAAGGAGAGCGCUGCUAUCAACCAGAUUCUGGGCCGCAGGUGGCACGCGCUGUCGCGGGAAGAGCAGGCCAAGUAUUAUGAGCUGGCCCGCAAGGAGAGGCAGCUGCACAUGCAGCUUUACCCAGGCUGGUCAGCGCGGGACAACUACGGGAAGAAGAAGAGGCGGUCAAGGGAAAAGCACCAAGAAUCCAACACAGACCCUGGCUCGCCUAAGAAAUGCCGUGCUCGCUUUGGCCUCAACCAGCAGACGGAUUGGUGUGGUCCGUGCAGGAGGAAAAAGAAAUGCAUUCGGUACUUACCCGGAGAAGGCCGCUGCCCCAGCCCCGUUCCUUCCGAUGACAGUGCUCUAGGCUGCCCCGAGUCCCCAGCCCCCCAGGACUCGCCCUCAUACCUCCUGCUGCCCGGCUUCCCCACAGAACUGCUUGCUAGUCCCGCAGAGCCAGCACCUACAUCACCAGGUCUCUCAGCCACUCUCAGCCUCCCAACUCCCUGGGCCCCCACAGGCCUCCCACAGCACCCCGCAGAGUACACAGGUACAACAACAGGAAUCUCAGAGACAGGCAGCCUAGCAUGCACAGGACACCUGAGCUCCUCCAGGGACCCACCCUCUGAAAGGAGGCGACAGAGCCCCAAAGCGAGAGGAAACCGAUCAGGGGCCCUGCUAACUUCUUCUGAGGGUCCAGGCCCUGGAGAUUUCAGAGGCUGCACAACUUCUGCCUGAACCUGGGGCCAUCAAUUCAAACUGCUCUGAGUGGUGGGAAUGAGAUCUGUGUUGUGCCAUCUGAUUAAGGGCACCUUUUGUGCCCCUGGCAGCUGUGUCCAUUCUUUUCACCAUCUGUCUUGCUAGCCACAUGCCCCUGCCUCUCUUGCUUUUCCGUUUUAGGGCAGAGAUGGGCUGGACUGAGCCCACCUGCUUUCCCUACUCUGCUUCCCCACCACUGCCGUGCCCUCCCCACACCAGACACUUCAUGGACCAAGAAUGAGCUGGUUUAUCAAACAACAUGCGAGCAUGGUCACAACCACAAAACUCAAGAUGACAGUGCUUCUCUCUUAAGGGCCUGGAGAAGCCCUGUUUACAGAAAACCAGCUGCUAUUCAUAAGCUGGACAAGACAAAGCCUCUUGCCACAUUCUCAGCUUGCAAGAAGAGGCGGGAAUGGAGUAGAUUAAGUUUAGGCCUAUCACCCUAGGCAACAUGAAUAACCUGACACUACCUGAUCAGGCAAGUGUGGGUGGUGGUGGGGUAUCUGGCUUUAGUUCAAAUUACUUGGAAAUGUUUCCUGAGAAAUUCAACCACCUAAGAAGCCUUGAUACCAAAGUCCCAGGCCAGUCACUAGUGGCUGCGGUCAACAGUUCAAAGUCAUGGCCCAAAAUCCAGUGUAUAUCCUUGCCCAUUCUGAGAGCCUUUUUCACAGCUCCACUUCCAGCUUACUCACGUCAGUCUAGCCAGCUCUUGGGCAGUUGUAAGAGAGGGCAAACCAAACCUCAUGACAGCCAGUGCCUAUCUUCCAGCAUGAAACCAGGCCAACUCAGUUUCCCUAUGGGGCUGCAGGAAGGAGGACCAUUACAACCAAAGCAAGGAGCCCAGAAAACCUCUAGUGGUGAAGAGUGAGUUUCCACCACAGCCUACUUUAACCCAUUUCUGAGCCAAGCUUCAAUCCUGAGCCUUAAAAAACAAAUCUUUUUUUAAUUUAACUUUGUUUUUUGCCUCCUCCUCACUGUACAUAGCCUGAAUCCAAAGAAAAAGGGCCGUCCCUGUACCCACACACACCCCUCAACAAAAGCCUUUAAGUUGCUACUUCAGCCACUGGUUUCUCAGAAUCCAAAGAUCACAUAUUCUAGUAUAGUGUUGCAGGAAGUCAAGAGAGAAAAAAGGACCAUUGUAGUGUUCAAAAUAUUUUUGUAUUGUUAAUGCAUCAUCAUAGAAACUUUUUUAACAUGAGAAUAAAGAUACUUUUUACUGGGUUUCUUUUUCAAAAGCUUCACCCUGAGGAAUGAGCUGUUUUAGUAACAGCAUGACACCCUUUCCUUUUCUUCUCCAAAGCCAUGAAACUUGGGGUUUAUUCUCUAUUAUGGUACACAUGUUCUCAAGAUUUUCAACCUAUAGAAGCCAGAGAUUAUUAUUGUCAUCUCCCCUUAAGGGGCUUGAGCCCUGCCCCAACCCUGAGAGCUGGGCUCAUGCUGGGUAUAAACUCCCAUUCCAAGCCUUGCCCUUAACCCCUCAAUCCUGACCUCACAACUGGUGCAGGUGCUGGCCAGUCUGCCCCCUAGUACUCAUAUGAGAAUGGGUUGGAAACUGCCACCCACAGACCCUAGAACAAUCCAACCAGGAACAGGUGCACAUGACCACCAGGCUCCAUUUUCCUCUGAGGGCAGAGAGAGAAAACACCCACAAGUACAUAUCCUGUUUUGAGGAAAACAAGAGCAAACAAGGGUCUUUUAUAACCUGGUAUCAUCAUAAAACCCACAAGAAGGUAUUUGAAUACCACCCUUCCCUCCCAAAGACUGUCUGUCUUUUAAGGUGCUUAAAGUGUCUUCAUAUUUUUAUACAAAAUCUCUGAAGUUUGAUAAAUCUGCAACCUCCUUUUUACAUAGCAGUUUCCAUCAUGUUAAAAUAUACUGUUAACUUCCUGAAAGCCAUCAUGAAUGUAAAAGGUGUCAUAAAGCCACCUCAAUAGGUGAAUCAACCAUUAGAUACAAAUGUCGGGCGAGAAGUGUAUCUCAACAGCCAGCCACUGGGCCACCAUCAUGCAUUGUAAUUUUCACUUCACUGAGUUAUAUUUUUUGGAUUUUAUGUUUAAAAAUAUUUAUAAAUAAAGUCAUCUUCCAGAGUAGUGUCUAUUUAAAGUAGGCCACUGGAAGCUGUAAUCCUA